AUGGCUACGAGUAUCCCGUCUAUUGCUGUACCUGGACUAUGUCUAGGCAAUAGCUCAGCAUACAUCUCCGGCCCAGGAACAUACGUCCGCGACUCCUCCAUCUAUGCCUCGAUAGCCGGCCCAGUAAUCCUCAAAAGCGACGAUAAAGAAACAGAUCCAAAGCGCAAACCCCGCAAGAUUCUCACAGUAUCACGCUCCCCGCAAACAGAUACCCGCAACCCCACGCAGAAACAACAAACCAAAUCCCCUCUAAAAUUCAACACCCUACCGGCCGUCGACUCCAUCGUCCUAGCUCGCGUAACCCGCGUUCAAAAGCGCCAGGCAACAGUCUCAAUACUCAUGGUCGUAGAUGACCAAAACAACGACCUCAUCGACACCGACAUGCGCUCAAUUCUCUCUUCAGCGCCCAUCAUCACCACCGCAGGCACAGAUAGUACAAGCACAAGUAACACUGCAGACGAUCUGCGGUUUCAGGCAAUUAUCCGCAAAGAAGAUGUUAGGGCUGUUGAGAAGGACCGCGUGGUAAUGGAGGAUAUGUUUAGGGUAGGGGAUAUUGUGCGUGCAUACGUUAUUUCCGUCGGUGAUCAGAGUUCGUAUUAUUGUUCGACGGCUCGGAAUGAGCUUGGAGUCGUUAUGGCGAGGAGUGAGGGCGGGAAUAUGAUGUUUCCCAUCAGUUGGAAGGAGAUGAGGGAUCCGAUUAGUGGGGUUGGUGAGGCGAGGAAGGUUGCGAAGCCGUUUUGA